AUGACUGCCUCUGCAGAUCGUCGUGAAAUCGUCGUUAUUGGCGGUGGUAUAAUUGGAUGCUGCUCAGCAUACUUCCUCACAAGACACCCCUCCUACGACCCAACUCGUCACAAAAUCACCCUCCUCGAAGCCACCGAUAUAGCCGGCGGGGCAUCUGGCAAGGCCGGCGGAUUGCUUGCGCAAUGGGCCUAUCCGAACAACCUCGUGGAUCUCAGCUACCCACUACACGCGCAACUUGCAAAAGAACACGACGGGAAAAAUAGAUGGGGCUACCGAGAGACCAACUGCGGCCAAAUCGUCGUCCGCGGCCGCGCAAUGACCGACAAACCCGCCACUAACAACAACAAACCCUCCGGCGAAUCCCUACAGAAACGCAGCACCGCCGCAAUGUCGAAACUAAAGUCUUCCAACACGCCCGAGGAUCUUGACUGGAUUGAACCGGAUCUUCUACGCGCCUACGAGAGUAUGAGUGGGCCUGGUGAAACUGCCCAGGUCCACCCUUACCUCUUCACCACGUCCAUGGCCAAGCUAGCAGAGGAGAAAGGCGCGGAAAUUAUCCUAGGACAAGUCACUGAUAUUUCCCGUCCAGAUGGCGCAGUUGAAUCUGUCACAUAUACCGACAAGACCUCUGGAGACUCACGUACGAUCCCGGCAACGGAUGUCAUUGUCGCUGCGGGACCAUGGACUAGCAAAGUCCUUCCCGAAGCGCCCAUUGCAGCUAUGCGUGCACACAGUGUUGUCAUCCGACCAACUCGGCCGGUUAGUGCGUAUGCGCUUUUUACGAAUAUCGAGCUGCCGGCCAAUUUUAACCCGAAUGUUAAGUCGAGGCCUACGGCGGCGGCACCGGAGAUCUAUGCGCGUCCGGACGAUACUGUUUAUGCUUGUGGGGAUGGUGAUAAGAUUGUCCCUCUGCCUGCGACGUCUGCGGAUGUGGAAAUUGAUCAGGAACGGUGCCAGGAGAUUAUUGAUCAGGUUGGAAGUAUUUCUGAUGAGCUGCGGGAUGGGACGGUUCAAGUUCGACAGGCUUGCUACUUGCCUAAUAGUACUGGGUUUGGUGGGCCUUUGGUUGGAUUGACUCAUGAUAAGGGAUUGUAUCUUGCUUCUGGACAUACUUGCUGGGGUAUCCAGAAUGGUCCUGGUACAGGCAAGUUGAUGAGUGAGUUUGUAUUUGAUGGGAAGGCGAAGAGUGCUAAGAUUGGAUCGUUGGAUCCUCGGGACCAGUUCAAGCUCCGCCCUCCGCUGCAACUUGAACUUCUGUCAACUCUCCGAAAGUCCAUUGAUGCCCGUGCAAAGAUGCGACUUUUCGGUGUCUCCCUACUAACAUCGGUCCUCUUUGCGACCGGGAUCUCAGCAAACAAUGAUCCCACCGAUGCCUCAAUCCUAAUCAACGAGGCCGCUCGCGCCAACAACCACUCCCUGCUAUGGGGCCCCUACAAGUCCAACCUGUACUUCGGAGUACGCCCUCGCAUUGCGAACAGCCUAGCUGCUGGAUUGAUGUGGGCCAAGGUCGAUGACUUUGCCACUGCGCAGCAGAGUGAAGUGAAAGGAAGUGCUGACUUUGACACCAUUAAAGACUUCAGACACACCUGCGAACAAAAUGAGGGUAUGGCUGGAUAUGGCUGGGACGAAUAUGAUGUGCGGAAGGGUGGACGAGAGACUAUCCACGAUGCUGGGAACAGUCUAGACCUCACGAUUGAUUUCGUCAAGGUCCCUGGCGGCCAGCAUGGUGGUAGCUGGGGAUUCCGCGUGAAGGGUACCCCUCGUGAAGACGGCAGCCCUGACCAGCCCACCACGAUGAUCUUCUAUACGACCCUUGAAGGACUCGGCGAAGUGGGCGUUGAUAUGGACACGGCUUCCUUGAGCUCCCCACUUGACGGCGACUUGAAAUUCACCGGCUACUCCUCGGAGCUGGGCGACUUCUCCAUCGAUGUCACCUCUGGCCCGGAGAGUAAUGAGUAUUUCAGCCACAACCACCCUACCAAUGAUGAGAAGCCAUUAGGGCACGGAGUCGUGUCAAGUGCGACUAUGCCGCAAGAGGCACUCUGGCAAGCUAAGGGCAUUCUGUUCACUCAAAUGAAGGGCGAGGUUGAGAAGACCAUCGAGCAGCAUGGAACCGAUAACCCCCCUCCUCCGGCACAGUUGUUUACUAUUCCUCACAUUCCUGGACAGGGUAAUGUUCACAUGGUCCAGAAGGUCUUCACUGGCGCAUUCGAGUUUGAUGUUCUUUUCUCUUCUGGAUCGGCUUCUGAGCCCAUGACUUCGGAGACUAUGAACAAGGAGCUCGAGGACGCCUCCCUUUCGUUUUCGCAGAGGUUCAAGGAAGUUUUGGAGCCAAAGGCGCCCUUCAAGUCGGAAGAGUAUUCGAGAUUCUCCAAGGCUAUGCUCUCCAAUUUGAUUGGUGGUGUUGGAUUCUUCCACGGUGACGAUGUCGUCGACCGCUCCGCCUCUCCUGCUUAUGACGAGGAAAACGAAGGCUUCUGGGAGGAGACUGCCCAGGCGAGGGCUGCCGCACAGCCCGUAUUCGAGGGCCCCAAGGAUCUCUUUACCUGCGUUCCUUCUCGGCCAUUCUUCCCUCGAGGUUUCCUCUGGGAUGAGGGUUUCCACCUGAUGCCUGUCAUGGAGUAUGACUCUGAUCUUGCUCUCGAGAUCAUCAAGAGUUGGUUCCACCUGAUGGACGAGGACGGAUGGAUCGCCCGUGAACAGAUCCUUGGCCAAGAAGCCCGCAGCAAGGUUCCGCAAGAAUUCACAGUUCAAUAUCCCCACUACGCCAACCCGCCUACUCUUUUCAUGGCCCUGGAAGCCUUCAUGGACAAAUCGAGAACCAACAAGAACAAAAGCGACGAGUCGGAAUCUCUCGAUAUUCCCGAUGUAGCAGAGAACCUCCGCACCGCGACCCUGCGAAACCCCGAACUAUCUGAAGCCUACCUCCGCUCCUUCUACCCUCUAAUGAAGAGACAUUACAACUGGUUCCGCAACACCCAACGCGGCGAUAUCAAAUCGUAUGACCGCGAGGCAUUCUCGACCAAGGAAGCCUACCGCUGGCGUGGCCGCUCUGAGCAGCACAUCCUGACCUCUGGUAUCGACGACUACCCUCGCGCCCAGCCGCCUCACCCGGGUGAGCUGCACGUGGAUCUAAUUAGCUGGAUGGGCAUGAUGACUCGUACUCUGCGCCGUAUCGCCGAGACCCUGGGCGAGGAAGAUGAUGCGGAGGAAUUCGCGUACUACGAGAACGCCAUCACUCGCAACAUUGACGAUCUGCACUGGAACGAGAAGGAACAGACCUUCUGUGAUGCUACUAUUGAUGAAUUCGAGGAGAGCGUUCACGUCUGUCACAAGGGUUAUAUCUCUAUCUUCCCCUUCCUGACUGGAAUGCUGGGACCCGAUAGUCCCCGUCUCAAGGCUGUGCUGGAUCUCAUCCAUGACCCUGAAGAGUUGUGGAGUGACUAUGGCAUUCGCAGUUUGAGCAAGAAGGAUAAGUUUUACGGUACUGAGGAAAAUUAUUGGAGAAGUCCGAUCUGGAUGCCUAUUAACUAUCUGGUAUUGAAGAAUCUCUACGACACCGCCAUCACAAACGGUCCUCACCAGGAACAAGCUCGGGAAAUGUACUCUCAGCUGCGCCAGAACCUGGUUGAGAACAUCUUCAAGGAGUGGAAGGAAACUGGUUUCGCCUGGGAACAAUAUAAUCCGGACACGGGUAAGGGACAGCGAACUCAGCACUUUACCGGCUGGACCAGUAUGGUGGUGAACAUGAUGUCCAUGCCUGAUCUCAGCAAGAGUGCAAACAAGCACAAGCAUGCGUCCGAGUCGCAUGACGAGCUGUAG